AUGGUAAGUAGGGAGAUCGAUGGGGAUGAUAAGUCAAAGCAAGAAGAUAGCAAAGCUAUGGAAGAAAGAGGUGCCCAGGAGUUAUGCAAGAAGAGGAUUCUAAUGGGAGGCAAAUGCAGGCCACUGAAUUUAUCUGGCACCCUUCAGUAUGAUGAAAAUGGCAUUUUGAUAACCGAGAUUAUGUCAUGA